UUAUGGGAAUUUUACAAUCAAGGAGAAGACGAGGCAACUUCUGGACACAUCGACAAUUUUUCGGAAACUGGAAAAUUGUUUAUUGUUUAGAGGAGAUUUGGGGGGCGUCAAGUGUGACUUUUACCCAGUGUUGCCACUUUUUCAGCUGGAUCAUGUCUCUGGCACUUGCUGGCACUACUGGGCACACCUCUGAGGUUAUGUUGCGCUCCGAAAAAAUUUUUAACUAAUUUUUUUGGAGUUUUUCGGACGUUUUUUAAAGGAACACUUCAUUCAACUAAUAUUAUGAGCUUUUCCGGGAUUCUCAGUGCAUUCUCAAGGUUAUCAGUCCAUGGAGUGAGACCGAAUACGAGGAGUAUAUCCACGAACAUCAACCCAUUGUGCUUCAGAGCAACUGAAAUUCUUUAUGGAGAACCUCUGAAGAAGAAAAGGAGGAUCGACCCAGCUGUGAUACGACAAAGAGAGCUGCGUAGGCAGAGAAAAUUAGAAAAAGCGAUUAGAAGGCUUGAGAAACAUGCUAGACAAUUAAAACCCAUUAGUGAAGUCGAACCUGCGUUCAAAUUGCUGGAUGAAAUGAAGCGGAGGACUCGGCCUAAACCAAAACUAUCAGAGGAGGUAAUCGAGGAGAGAAUGCUCCUGAUGAAGGAAUGGGCGAGGUACAAGCAACGCGAGCACCUCUCGGACAUCCAGAUGAUCGACACAGUUGUUCUGUCCCAACAAAAAGCCCUGGACGAGCUCAGGGCUGAGUCUGAGGAGCUCUACCAGGCGGCGAUCGAAGUUGACCUCUCGUUCCUCCCCCACGACGUCCAGGGACCUGUCUCCACUCCUCCCAUCAAGGAGUUCGACUCCCCUGACGGAGAGUACAUCGACAUCACGAAGAAGUACGAGGGGGAGGACGAGAGUCUCGUCAAACAAGAGAAGUCUUAGAUUUCUGUAAAUUAACGCCAUUAUUGAUACGAAUUAAAAAUAUUAAAGGAUUUGAUUGAACCACUC